UAUAUCGGGAUAUAAAUUGUUGAUCCGUUCUGUCCAAACAAGUGUCGAAGGGAGAGGUUUGUCGGCCAACUAACCAUUCAUUGGAAGCGGAAUGUCGAACGGAAAAUAAGUGAUGGUGAUUGGAGAGUAACCGGACGUAUCGAAUUGGAUGCUUUCAAAGAUCUGAACAAAGUCGUCGACAUCGCCGCCAGGUGGUGGCAGUUGGUGCCAGGCAGAAGUAGCCAGAUAGUCAAGGACCAAGAUUAACGACCAAUUAAUUUGUCAACCUACCUAGCGCUUCCUGCUCCUCGGUGUUAGCGUGCAAGCAAGUCAGCAAGCAAGCAAGUUCACAAGCAACCAACCAAAUGGAAACGACUCACAAUUCGGGACUCGGCCCACUCGAUAAAAAAUCUGCUGACUUCGCUGGGCGGAUCGUGUGUCCUUCCUAUCAGGACACGUAGGAAGCGAGCAAACGGCAUUUGGACAAAUUUGUUUUUCGAGGAUUUAUUCGUGCGCGUAAUCAUUCCAUUAAAUGACCAACAAAAUGGCGAAACAUCACCGUCAUCAGAAUAUCAACCGUUCACCGCGGCUCAGCUAUCUGACAUCGCACUCGCAGUCGCAGUCCUUCAUGAGCGAAGGCGGUGGCGAAAUGGCCGAAAUGCUAUCGCUGGACGAAUCGGAGAAUCUGCUCAGCGAACGGUACAGUGGUUCCGCAUCGGCCAUUCAAGUUAUCAGCGGAAGUGCCUACAAUGGAUCCGGACUGGGUUCGACGUUGACAAUGAGCGGUGGCCCCAGCCAUCUGCAGCAUCAGCAACGGCUGGAAGAACUGGGCAUAAGCUACAGCGAUGGCGGUUUCAAUAGCAAGCUGCUCUCGCCGGCAGUUACGAUUGUAGAGAUGACGGCCGGAGGUUUGCUGCCUAAUUCCGGAAAUCUGCGACAUAAAAAUCAUCACAAACAUAGGCUACCACCGUCGGGCGCGGCAUCGGCAACGGCAGCAGCUGCUGCAGCAGUCGCUGCGUCCACGGAACAGACCACUCUGAAUGCCAUCGGUAAGUUUGCAAAGGGUCACACACCUGUCGAACCGCUGUCCAUCACUGAUUUCUUUGUAUCCGUUUCCACCGGUUUGUUUCUCUGUUUAGGUUUGCAAAUGUCGGUAGACCGUGGCGGACCGCAGGAGUGGGGUGAGGCAACUCGCAGCUACGUGAAAGCCCAACGGCGGCACGCCGGACGGGCCACAUUCCAGGGACAGGUGUACAAUUUCUUGGAGCGUCCCGCCGGCUACAAGUGUUUUAUUUAUCAUGUCUCAGUGUAA